AUGGUCAACCUGAUCGAACUCCAAAAACAAGCGAUCCUAGAAGCUAUCAAGGCUAUAGAGCCCAAGGGCACGUGGAGAUGUGUUGUCACCGACGAGACAAGCCAUAAGCUGAUAACAAAUGUCAUGCAAAUACACCAUAUAUUGGAUGAAAGUAUAUCAGAUGUAUCACUCAUCGAGAACAAGCGCCCACCACAACAGAUGGAAUGUGUUUAUAUUCUCACGCCCGAAAAACAUGUUGUAGAAUGUCUGAUUUCGGACUACGCCCGUCCAAAACCAAGAUAUACUUGUGCACAUUUACUGUGGACAUCGGACCUCCCGGAUAGUCUGCGUCAAAUGAUCCUGAACUCUCCUGCUCGUGGGUUUAUCGCAGGAGAGAAGGUUCUGUCUGUUGACUACUUCCCUCGUGAAUCGCAUCUUUUUACAUUCCGUGACCCCUCCUCCUUCUUCACUUUGUACAACCCAGAGUGUCGGGGUCUGGUUAGGGUCCACUUAGAGGAAUUGGCUAAAAAAAUAGUAUGCGUUUGCGUAAGCCUAGGCGAGUACCCAACAAUUCGGUACUUUCGUGCCCCAAAUUUGCUACACGAAGCUCGAGUCUUAUCAGAAGUUCUUGCAAAGAAUGUGCAAUCUGAGUUGGAUUUGUACGCACAAAAUCAUCGAGAAUUCCCACCCCCGUCAAAUAGGCCACGUGGUGUCCUUUUUAUCGUGGAUAGAGCAAUGGAUCUUUUCGCCCCUGCCUUGCAUGAGUUUACAUACCAAGCUAUGGCCCAUGAUCUGUUACCGAUAAAGGAAGGCGACAAAGUCACAUACAACGUCAAAUUAGCAACUUCUAGUGGGGAGGAGGAGGAGAAAGAAAUGGAGAUUGGGGACGAAGAUCAAGUUUGGGUUGCGAAUAGACACAAACAUAUGAAGGAUACCAUUGAGAGAUUGAUGGCCGACUUUCAGAAAUUUCUCGGCGACAACAAAAACUUUGUCGAUAGUGGUUCCUCAACAAGUUUGUACGCAAUAAGAGAUAUGAUGGCAAGUUUGCCUCAAUAUCAGGGGCAAAAGGAUAUGUAUUCUCUCCACCUGACGAUGGCUCAAGAAUGCAUGGGAAUAUUCGAGAAAAAGAAUUUGCCUGAUGUUGCACUGCUAGAACAGUCAUUGGCAACUGGGAUGGAUGAAAAUAAUCGACCCACGAAAAAUCCAACUGAGUCCUUAAUUAGGUUACUGGAUGAUCCUGCUUUGGCUGCACCUGAUCGGCUCCGGCUCAUUACUCUCUAUCUUCUGUGGAAAGAUGGUCUGUUGGCGGGAGAUAUCGAGAAACUCAUGCGACACUCCCAGCUUCAGCGGCAGGAUGAACGUGUUCUCCGCAAUCUUGAUCUUUUUGGCGCUCGUGUGACCCGAGAUUUGAAAGACAAUUCUCAGAGCCGAAAUUCCGCACAAAAGCCGAAGAGGCCUAUUUCCAAAACAAUGGAUGAUGAUGAGGAUGGUUCCGAUUUCUCUCGAUUUGUAACAGCCCUGAAAAUAAUGCUUGAUGAUCAUACUAAGGGCGCUUUGGAUCCCGCCAUAUUUCCUUAUACGAAGCCUGAACUGGUCCCUGGCGGCCCUAUGGGUGGACAGGAAAACGUUUCUCAGGCAUCCCUUCGAUCGGCAAAGCCUACAUGGGCCAAAUCUCGAAUGUCUGUGGUAGAACCAAGGCAGCGUGUAAUAGUCUUCAUGGCUGGGGGUGCAACGUAUUCUGAGUCCCGUGCGUGUUAUGAAGUUUCCAAAGCAUCUGCUCGCGAUGUGUUCUUGGGGUCGACACAUCUCCUCACCCCCAACUUAUGGCUUAGCCAACUCCGAAACGCAAGGGAAAGUAGAAGGCUUCUUGAUCUCCCGGCUGAUAGACCAGAGAAGGAAAUCCCUAAACACCUUCUAGAGCCUGAUCAGGUUCCAAAGCCGGUUGCCCCAGUACAACAAAAGCCUCAGCAGGCUCCUCCAAAGAAGGCACCUAGUCCAGCACCACCUGUGAAAGAAAUGGGAGGGUUAAAGGUUCAUCAUCACCAACCUGGGCGUUAUUACGAGGAAGAUAAGAAGAAGAAGAAGAAGAUGUUUGGUGUCUUCUAA